UAGUCUACGCGUAUUUUAUCUGCUUAUCCCGAGAUACACUCCUUUAGUGACUUGACUAAACGUCCACGUUGAAAGGUAAUACAUGUUAUGCGUUUUAUAUGAGUUUGUUCAUGCAAAAUGCUAUGGGAAAGCUGGAGAUAAUGAAAUGCCACGUAAAGCAGCUUUUUGUUUAUAAUGUAAUGAAAUAUUAGUGAAUGUCAUAUCAUGUAAUUUGUAAUUUCAUUUCAUACAUUUUAGAAAAUGAAAACGUUUUAAAUAAGUAAAUUAAUUGCAUAGAUUAGAAGCUUUAGGGAUCUCUUAAAAUAAUUUUCUGCUGUAGAUGGCUAUUUCAUUUUCUCAUAUCUUUUGAUCAUAUCUGCAUGACUUUUAUGCAAAAGAUUUUAUAUGCAUGGGCUUGAUGGCUAUUAAACUUUUUUACAAUUUACAAUGAGUUAAAAAUAAAUCAAACAUUUUAAAUUGUAAAGUUAUAACUACUUUUAAUUAAAUUAUUAAUUAAAAUAAAUAAUAUUUUAUAAAAGUCCCAUUUAUUGUGAAAAAUGUAUAUAUGUAUUUAUAUUCACAACUGGUCAAAAGUUUGGGGUCAGCAGGAUUUUAAAAUGUUUUAAAAUAAGCUUCUCCUGCUCACCAAGGCUGUAUUUAUUUCAUCAAAAAUACAGUACAAAUAGUAAAAUUGUGAAAUGUUAUUGCACUAUAAAAUAACUGUUCAAAAGUAGUUUGUCAUUUAAUUUAAUUGUUUAUUCCAGUGAUUUUAAUGAUGAAUUUCCAGCUUCAUUACUCCAGUCUUUAGAGUUCCAUGAUCCUUUAAAAAUCUCUCUAAUAUUAUUUUAUUAUUAUUAUUACUGUUAUUAUUAUUAUUAUUAUUAUUAAUGGAAAUAAUAUUAAAAGCAAUAAUAACUAAAGUAAUAAUUUCAUAAAACAAGGUGCUUGGUGAGAAAUGUCAACGCAGAGAGGGUUGCAUAACGGGUUGCAAUUUUAUGUUUGCAGAUGACGCUCUGGAACCAGCUGCAGCUGCUGGACUCAAUGUAUUUGGAGCAAGUGGACCAGCUUUACGAUGAGGCUUUCCCAAUGGAGAUCCGACAAUAUCUAUGUCACUGGAUUGAGAGUCAUGACUGGGAAUCCAUUGCAAGUAAUGAAUCUCUAGCCAUCGUUCGCUUCCAUGAGCUCCUGAACCAACUGGAUGAGCACUACAGCCGUCUCAAUCUGGGAAACAACUUCCUCUUACAGCAUAAUAUACGCAAAAUUAAGCGCAAUCUACAGGAGCACUUCCAAGAGAAUCCUGUUUACAUGGCUAUGAUCAUAUCCAGCACUCUGAACGAGGAGAGAAAGAUACUGCAAGUUGCCCUUAGUUCUCAAGGUAAAGGUGACUCCAUGCAGGGGAACAUCAUGAUGGAACAUCAAAAUGAGCUGGUCAAUAAAGUGAACAAUUUGAAGAUGAGUGUGCAGGAAAUGGAAAAGCACGUUCAAGCUCUGGAGGAUAUGCAAGAUGAUUACGACUUUAAUAUGAAGAGCCUACAGAGUCGAAUUGAAGCUGAAGGUGUGCAAAUGAAUGACCCGAUGCCAAAAGAGAUCCAGCAAGAGGAGAUGGCAAUUAAGCGAAUGUUUACUGUGCAAGGCAUAAAAAGAGAGGUGGUGAUGAAAGAAAUCUCUAAUGUACUGACGUUAGCAGAGCAGAUCCAGUUCACUCUGAUAACAGAAGAGUUACCCGAGUGGAAGAAGAGACAGCAGAUGGCUUGUAUCGGAGGACCACCUAAUGCGUGUCUGGAUCAACUGCAGAACUGGUUCACGGUGGUGGCAGAGUGUCUCCAGCAGAUCCGUCAGCAGCUGAAGAAAGUUCAGGAACUGGUCCAGAAAUUCACCUACAGCAACGACCCGCUAAAUCUAGGAAGGGGCCAGCUGGAUGAACAGGCCAUUUCACUCUUCAAAAGCCUCAUAUUAAAUUCUCUUGUGGUGGAGAGGCAGCCCUGUAUGCCAACACAUCCUCAGAGACCCUUGGUAAUAAAAACAGGAGUUCAGUUCACCGUCAAGAUCAGGUCACUAGUCAAACUCCCUGAACUGAAUUGUCAACUGAAAGUGAAAGUUUUUAUUGACAAAAAUUUAACAGAGAGGGACACAAUAAAAGGAGGUAGAAAAUUCAACAUAUUAGGGACGAAUACUAAAGUUAUGAACUUAGAAGAAUCCAGUGGAUGUCUAGCAGCUGAAUUUCGUCAUUUGCAAUUAAAAGAAAUGAAAACUAGCAGAACCAAUGAGACGCCUCUCAUCGUUACAGAGGAGAUGCACCUACUUAGCUUUGAAACUCAACUUAUUCAGCCAGAGCUGAGUGUUGAUUUAUCGAUCAUAUCACUUCCUAUUGUGGUGAUCUCACAUGUCAACCAGUUACCCAGUGCCUGGGGCUCAAUCUUAUGGUACAACAUGCUCAGCGGUGAACCACAUAAUCUGACGUUCUUCUUGAAUCCGCCACCGGUGAAAUGGGUUCAGCUUUCAAAGGUCAUAAGCUGGCAGUUUUCUUCAGUCAGCAAACGAGCGCUGACCUCAGAUCAGCUGAGAACAAUAGCCGACAAACUUCUAGGUCACAAAGCCCAAGGUGACCCUGAGGGACUCAUCCAGUGGAGUGCAUUUUGUAAGACGUCUCCUAAUGAGAGAGGUAUACCAUUUUGGUUGUGGAUAGAUGGAAUUCUGGACCUUAUUAAAAGACACCUGCUCAACAUCUGGAAUGAUGGGUAUAUUGUAGGGUUUCUGAGUAGAAAGCAAGAGAAGGCUAUGCUGAGAGACAAAGCUCCAGGCACUUUCCUUCUGCGCUUUAGUGAAAGCUGUCGAGACGGAGGAAUCACCUUCACAUGGGUGGAAGAAUCACAAGAUGGUGAACCCAAGAUCCAUUCGGUGAAGCCCUACACUAAAGCAGAUCUGGCAACCAUCUCCAUGCCAAACAUUAUCCGUGACUACACACUUGCUGCUCCAAUGAAGGUUCCAGUGUAUCCCCUCAUCUACCUUUACCCGAACAUCCCAAAAGAUGAAGCUUUUGGUCGCUACUAUACCAGUGAAUCUGAAGAUUCAGAAGACAUGGAGACAGACAAACCCAUCAACUCAGAUGCAAAUCCAUACUUAAGGAGACAUCUGAUGCAUGUGUCUGAUAAACCUGUUGCAAGACCCGUUGCAAGGUUUUAGGAGGAUAUCACUGUACCAAAGUCUACUCCACAGAUGCAUCUACAGAAGCCCACACUCAUAUUUUCUUUGGAAGAGGAAAAUACAGUAAUACCAUUCAUAGGAGUACAGAAUUUACCAGAAAACUAUAAUGGACAACAUAAAUAUCUUUGCACAGGUCUUCUCUGUACUAAAUUAGUGAUCUGCUACAUUUAUUUAAAAUUGAUCUGAAACAAAGAGACAUUUCCUUCCUUUCCUAUUGUUGUUGUUACACACACACACACACACACACACACACACACACACACACACACACACACACACACACACACACACACACACUUAAAUGUGAAUAUAACUUUCAUGUUGUUGCUAAGAUUUUUAUUAAUAACAUUUGGUGAGUUUGUGGAUCUGUCAGCCACAUAUUGCCGGCACGGAUAUUUUCAAAUACUAUGAAAAUCUUUUUUUGUGAAGACAUUUUUUUGUGAAAAGGACAUUUUUCUCCAUCGAGUGAAGCACUUUAUUUUUGCACAUCACAAAAUCUUUAUAUACCAUUGCCUUAAUUGCACAUGUACAAACCAACAUGCUUCAGUCUAACAGAAAUGAACAACAUCCUACCUGCUACAGUCAAAGAAACUGGACACUGAAUCCAAGCAAGCAACAUUUGUUUCUAUUGCUAUUUUCGCUCUCAAAUAUAAUCUGAUUGAGCAAACUGUAUAGUACAUUGUAUUUGAUGUGCCAUCCAGAGGGAAACCCCCAAGCUCAUAAUAUAGAGAGAAACCAUAGAGCAGAGUUGGCUGGAUAUGCAUCAGGGUAUCAAGUUUGGAUGAUUACAUAAACGAGUUCCACCUGUGCCAGAUUGGCUGAUUAUAUCAUAAUGCUCCUACCAAACCAUGUUAAAAAAUAUCAUUGAACAUAAGACAGUGUUACAUAAUGUGAUGUACUAAUAAAGAUUCCUGCCAUUUUAUACUUACA